AUGAGCGGCAAGAUCCUCAUCCACCACCUCACGCAAUCGCGCUCUGAGCGCAUCUUCUGGCUCCUGGAGGAACUCGGUCUUCCCUACGACGUCAAAGUGUAUGCACGCACAAAGGAGGGCAAGGGGCCGAAGUCGCUCGCCGAGGCGGUCCCAAUGGGCAAGCAGGCUCCCGCCAUCACGCUCCCCGAUGGACGCACGAUCACCGAGUCCGGCUUCAUAGUGAACCAGCUGCUCUCGCACCACCCCUCGGCAUCGACAGAGUCCACUGCGUCUGCGGACAGUAUCUUCUGGAACCACUUCUCCGAGGGCUCGCUCAUGCUCCACCUCCAGUCCGCAUUCACGAGCAACAAGAUCGCCGAGGGCUUUGGGGCGUACAAGAUUCUGUACCUGCUUCUGUUCUUCCAGGGAGGUAUCUGGGCCUUCAACAAGUUUGUCCAGGGACUCGAGAAGAAGAACCUUCAGCCUAUGCUUGACUAUGUCGAGGAGUUCUUGGGCACGAACCCGGGCUUCAGCGGGAAUGACAAGCUCGGCGAGGGCGACUUCAUGAUGAUCUUCCCCCUCAGCGCCAUUGCCAAGGGCGGUCGCGGGCCGUACAUCCUUGGCCCCAAGACGGAGGCAUGGGUCAAGCGCACGGAGCAGCGGCCCGCGUACGUGCGCGCCAUGCAGAGGAUGAAGGAGGAAGAGGAGAGGCAGGUCACCGGCCCGUCGCCCGAGUAG